UAGUACUUCAGAAAUAUCAUAACAAGAAAAACAGAAAGAUUAAAAAGGUGUACUCUCCCUCUCACCAUCACCAUAUCCAGCGACACGGAAUUAUAUGAAUUCAAAUCCUUGUUCUUCCCGAUUUCUGACCCCCUUUUCAAUUGCUCAAUUUCAUAUCAGGUAGAAAAGUUAACAUGCUGAAUGAGGUAGAAUAUUCAUUCUAUGUCGUGGUCCGCCUGGCAGAGUUGGACGAGAAUAAACAAGUUUCUCAAAAUUUGAUUGUGACUCGCCUACUGAAACAGAUGAUGCAUGUGAAAUCAACGGAAGAGAUUGGAUAUUUACUUGCUGUAACAAAAUUGAAGAGGAUUGGCACAGGACUGGUUUUAGACUCACCAGAUUGUGUUCUCUUUCCUGUAUGUGUUCAGUGUCGCACAUUCUUACCAAUGAGUGGAGAAAUCAUGUAUGGUGUUGUGUACAAAAUAAAUAUGUACGGGGUCUUUAUAAAGAGGGGACCGAUGCGUUUUAUCUAUUUAUCUGCCCGAAAGAUGCCUGGAUACUCGUAUGUGGAUGAUGACCAAAAUCCGUUCUUUGUGAGUACUGAUGGAUCAAGGAUAGAACUUGAUGUUGUGCUCAGUUUUAUAGUGUAUGGGACAAGGUGGACACAAAGGAACAACUAUGCUGAAAGAGAAUAUAUGAUUGUUGCUUCCUUGGAUGGUAAUGGCCUAGGUCCAAUGGCCUUAUCUGGUCAUGAUGACUUGGACUUGGAGAGUUGCAGGUUCCCUGACUCAUAGCUAUAUGUUAUAAGAACUUAAAGUUGCAGGUUGGUCUUGUAGCCAUAUGUUGUAAGGACUGGGAGUUGCAGCUUCCUUGACUUGUAGAUCUUUGUUGUAAGGACUUGUGUUGUGAUGUUUUUGUUUAAAUAUAGAAGAUACACUAGUUUUUUGUACUGUUAUCUAUAAUAUCUUAAAUCUUUUUUCUUUUCA